AGCGAGCGAGGCGCGCGCCGGGCGCCCGUGGCAGGCGGCGGCGGCGGCCCAGCGCCAGGACGACGCCGCGCAGCGCCCGACGCGGACCACUUUCAUGCUGAUUCCCCCGGACCCGGGCAGCGCUCCGGCCACUCCGCGGGCCGCCGGCCUCCGCCCCGGCCUGCCCGGCUCUCUGGGCGCGCCCGCGACCGGCGCCUCCGCUCUCCCAGUCCUCCUGAUUUCGAUGGCUUUCCUGAAUGGCUGACUGUGGGCUGCCCUGGACUUGGCCCCCGGACAGUCGCCUCUCCUCCUCCUCCUCCUCCUCCUCCUCUUCCUCCUCCUCUUCCUCCUCCUACUCCAACUCCUCGGCACACCAGCUCUGAGAGCGAGAGAGUGAACGAGAGAGGGAGGGAGAGAGUGAGAGCGAGCGAGAUCUUUGGAGAGAUUUUUUUUUUUUUUUUUUGCCUCCUACUUCUGUCUUGAAGCCAGACAAUCGACUUGCAGCUCUCCCUCCCCUCCCUCUCUCUCCACGUUCUGCUCCCACUCUCUCUCCCCUGGCCCCUUCCCCUCCCCUCCGGGCCGAAAGCCCCCCGAAACCAACAAAGCUGAGCCGAGGGAAACAAACAAAACAAACACACCGGGCCAGACAAGCAAUCGACAAAACUUUGCAAAAGCAGAAACAAAAAAGGAAAAACUAACCAACCUCAACCAACCAGCCCCCGAGCCACCCGGGGCGCCCUCCCGCGCCCUCUCGCACCCUCGCACACACAAAAGGCGGCGCGCCGGAGCCCGAGACCCGGGAGCCGCCGCCGCCCGCAGCCAGGGGAGCAGGAAGUCCGGACGCGGCCCCCAUAGAUAUGGCAAUGGUAGUCAGCACGUGGCGCGACCCCCAGGACGAGGUGCCCGGCUCGCAGGGCAGCCAGGCCUCGCAGGCGCCGCCUGUGCCCGGCCCGCCGCCCGGCGCCCCGCACACGCCACAGACGCCGGGCCAAGGGGGCCCGGCCAGCACGCCGGCCCAGACGGCGGCCGGUGGCCAGGGCGGCCCUGGCGGCCCCGGCGGCGACAAGCAGCAGCAGCAGCAGCACAUCGAGUGCGUGGUGUGCGGGGACAAGUCGAGCGGCAAGCACUACGGCCAGUUCACGUGCGAGGGCUGCAAGAGCUUCUUCAAGCGCAGCGUGCGGAGGAACCUGAGCUACACGUGCCGCGCCAACCGGAACUGUCCCAUCGACCAGCACCACCGCAACCAGUGCCAGUACUGCCGCCUCAAAAAGUGCCUCAAAGUGGGCAUGAGACGGGAAGCGGUGCAGAGGGGCAGGAUGCCGCCCACCCAGCCAACCCACGGGCAGUUUGCGCUGACCAACGGGGACCCUCUCAACUGCCACUCGUACCUGUCCGGAUAUAUUUCUCUGCUGCUGCGCGCCGAGCCCUACCCCACGUCGCGCUUCGGCAGCCAGUGCAUGCAGCCCAACAACAUCAUGGGCAUCGAGAACAUUUGCGAACUGGCCGCGCGGAUGCUCUUCAGCGCCGUCGAGUGGGCCCGGAACAUCCCCUUCUUCCCUGACCUGCAGAUCACCGACCAGGUGGCCCUGCUUCGCCUCACCUGGAGCGAGCUGUUCGUGCUGAACGCGGCACAGUGCUCCAUGCCUCUCCACGUCGCCCCGCUCCUGGCCGCCGCUGGCCUACACGCCUCACCCAUGUCCGCCGACCGAGUGGUCGCCUUUAUGGACCACAUACGGAUCUUCCAAGAGCAAGUGGAGAAGCUCAAAGCGCUGCACGUCGACUCCGCCGAGUACAGCUGUCUCAAGGCCAUAGUUCUGUUCACCUCAGAUGCCUGUGGUCUCUCUGAUGUAGCCCAUGUGGAAAGCUUGCAGGAAAAGUCCCAGUGUGCUUUGGAAGAGUACGUUAGGAGCCAGUACCCCAACCAACCAACGCGAUUCGGAAAGCUUUUGCUUCGCCUCCCUUCCCUCCGCACGGUCUCCUCCUCAGUCAUAGAGCAAUUGUUUUUCGUCCGUUUGGUAGGUAAAACCCCCAUCGAAACCCUCAUCCGGGAUAUGUUACUGUCCGGCAGCAGUUUUAACUGGCCGUAUAUGGCAAUUCAAUAAAUAAGAAAUCAAAAUAAGAAGGGGGAGUGAAACAGAGAGAAAGAAAAGGCAAAAGACUGGUUUGUUUGCUUAAAUUCCUUCUGUUAAGAAAGGAUAUAAAAGGAUGUUACAAGUUUGCUAAACGAAGAGAGGGGAAGAAUUUAAUGGACUGUGAAUUUCAAAAAAAAAAAAAAAAAGACUGUCAAAUGAACUUUUACAGAAUGCAUUAAAAAAAAAAACUCCUGUGUCGGUCAGAACAACUUGCUACUUAUCAUUUUUGUAUAAAAAGGAAAUUAGUCUUUUUCUUUUUUUGGUAAAUUUUUGAAAAAUAUUGCUAAAAGUGCAUUUAAGGAGAUUGGGAGAAAAUUAGCAGAAUGGAGAAAGUAAGUCUUUUUUUUUUUUUUCCAAAUUAUUAAUUGUCCUGUGUCUAUGUACCUCUAGCUGUUCUUUUUUGUACUUUUCUGGUUCCAAACCAGUUUAUUCUGUGGUUCUAUAAUAAGUUUUGAUAUAAUCUUGGCUUCUUAAAAACUGUGUAUCCUUAAAAUAUAUGUUCUGCAAGAAUUAAAACUGAGUCCAUGAAAAUACCAUAGGAAGACAUAAAACUUUAAAAGGCAACUCAAAGGUGAUGGAAACGCACUUACAAGUGGUGACCAAAAAUUUUAGGUGAAGUUGAGCACUCUUUAAUUUGAGAACUGGAGGAACCACACACAACACUUAACUUCCCCUACCCUGCCCCCCCCCCAAAAAAAAGACACCAUGACAAACCUAGCUUUUUAAAAAUAUUUUAAGAAAGAGAAUGAACUGUGGAAUUUAUUGGCAGCCAAGGAAUGUGUCCAAGACACGUGCUGAGGUUUUGAAUAAAAAGUGAACUUUUGUAAUUUGAAUUGGGUCCCGCUUAGUUCUUGAAUUGUUAUGAAAAUCCUAUAUCUGUUUGUAUAUUUGCAAACCCUUUGUAUUAUAAUUGUUGAUAUUUUCCCUUUUUAAAAAAUACCAUUGAAAUCAGCAUGACAAAAUAACACUGUUGGCACUUAUAGGUAACGUGAUUGAUUCAGUAUCUUAGAGUUUACAGUUUGUGUUUUAAAAAAAAACUGAAGGUUUUUUUUUUUUAAGUGCAACAUUUCUGUAUACUGUAAAAGUUAUAAUAACUGAACUGUUUGGUCGAGUCUUUGUGUGUUAUAUUCCAAGGAAAAUUGAAAGUAUUCAGAAAUUAAAAUAUUAUUUGAUAUCUGAAA